CACAGAAAUUCCUUCUCUUACGAUGAAAUCACUGAUUUUAUUAACAAUCGUCGGCCUCGUCGCGGCAGACAAACUUAACGGCUUCAACGGAAAUGGCAACGGUUAUGUAGCACCCACCAACGGAUUCAACGGAAACGGAAAUGGUAACGGUAAUGGCAACGGGUAUUCGGCCCCCACCAACGGAUUCAACGGAAACGGAAACGGUAACGGUAAUGGCAACGGGUAUUCGGCUCCCACCAACGGAUUCAACGGAAACGGAAAUGGUAACGGUAAUGGCAACGGGUAUUCGGCCCCCACCAACGGAUUCAACGGAAACGGAAACGGUAACGGUAAUGCCAACGGUUAUUCGGCCCCCACCAACGGAUUCAACGGAAACGGAAAUGGAAACGGGUAUUCGGCCCCCACCAACGGAUUCAACGGAAACGGAAAUGGUAACGGUAAUGGCAACGGGUAUUCGGCACCCACCAACGGAUUCAACGGAAACGGAAACGGUUUCGGAGCCCCUGCCCCUCGCAACGGCUAUGCUCCCCCCAGCAACACCUAUGGCACGCCCAAUGGCGCCUACGGAGUAGACCCUGAGAUUGCCGCUUUGGCCGAGAACAUUCCUGGGGGCGGCGUCCCCGGCGAGGACUACCCCAUCUUGGCUUCUGUGCCCGACACCGGCUUCUCGUGCGAUGCCCAGGCGGUGCAAGGUUAUUACGCCGACACUGCGCCUGAAGCCGGCUGCCAGGUGUUCCAUAUCUGCCAGGACCGCGCCCUCAGGCGCCAACAGGACUCGUUCCUGUGCCCCAACGGUACCAUCUUCAACCAGCAGUACCUGGUAUGUGACUGGUGGUUCAACGUGGACUGUUCUCAGGCUGAGAACUUCUACUCCGUCAACGAACUCAUCGGAGUCGUUCCCAACGCCGGUUAUGCUUAUGCUGCCGCCACCAACGGCAUCCUCAACGGAAAUGGAAACGGAUAUGGACCCAACGGCAACGGAGCCAACGGAAACGGAAGGAACGGAGCUAAUAGAUACACUUCCAAUGGCAACGGAAGCAACGGCAACGGCAGGAACGGAAGCAACGGCUAUGGCUCCAACGGCAACGGAAGCAACGGUAACGGCAGGAACGGAAGCAACGGCAACGGCAACGGAAGCAACGGCAACGGCUAUGGCGCGCCCGCCGCCCCCUCCAACUCCUACGGCGCUCCUUUCUAAGCGCGAAGCUUGCUCUUGAAUUCUAGGAGGCUUCGGCGACCUUGCAUUGGUUUUUCACUCUUGAACUUAACUAAUGUAUGAUAUGAGAACUCCGAAGUGGACCCCACCUGUAUAGAUUUAAGUAUAUUUAUUUUUGCAAUAAACGCUAUGCAUUCA